GCCUCCACCAGCUCUCCUGUCGCCCUGGGCGCCGCCACCGCCGCAGUCGCCGGCCUCGUCGGCUUCGCGGGAAGCCGCAAGCAGCGUUCCGUGCGCAGCCAGGUGGCCCGCUGCCAGCAGGCGCCCAGCCAGACUGCCGUGGCCGAGCGGAAGGCGGGCGACCUCUCCGGUGCUCUCCCCGACUGCCCCGCCACCAUCUGGAAUGCCGAUGACAUCGACGUCCAGAAGCUCCCUCCUGUCAACAAGACCGCACCGCUGAUCAUCGACGCCGCCGAGCUUGCGGACUUGAAGAAGGGCGCAGAGAAGGAGUGGUUCCUGGCCCAGAGAGAGAAGAUCAUGGCACAGCUGCAGGAGCACGGCGCCAUCUGGUUCCGCAACUUCGAGUCGACCAAGGAUGCCGAGGGCUUCCGCAAUUUCUACGAGGCCUCC